UGUUAAGAGAGUAGAUUUGAAUAUGGGCACAGCAAAAGCCCCUAUUCUUCUCAGUAGCCGACCAAGCUUUUGUAAUAUUGUAGCGCCGAAAUCAGGAGCAAGGAGAGCGUUUCCUUCUCGGCCACUGACACAAAUGGAAACCGGCGGAUUAGACUCCGACGGCCGUACGUUUAAAAACGCGGAGGAGAUGUGGAGAGAAGAAGUAGGGGAUGGUGAUCCCCAGAAGAAGUUCCAGUGGUACAACAAAGGCAUAAAUUACUGGCAAGGCGUGGAAGCCACAGUGGAUGGAGUGCUGGGUGGAUAUGGGCAUGUGAAUACGCCUGAUAUAAAGGCAAGUGAGGAUUUUCUCAACACCAUUUUGGCUGAAAGGUUCCCUGAUGCUGGAAGAGGCCGCCAUCUCGUAGCUCUCGAUUGUGGAUCUGGCAUUGGAAGGAUUACUAAAAAUCUUCUUAUACGAUAUUUCAAUGAGGUCGACCUCCUAGAGCCUGUAUCACAUUUUCUGGAAUCUGCUCGGGUAAAUUUGGCUCCUGAAAAUUUAAUGGUGUCAGAGUUGCACAAAGUUGCCAACUUUUAUUGUGUCCCACUUCAGGAAUUUACUCCUGAUGCUGAAAGAUAUGACGUUAUUUGGGUUCAGUGGUGCAUUGGGCAUCUUGCAGAUGAUGACUUCAUUGCAUUCUUCAAGAGAGCAAAGGUUGGCUUGAAACCUGGUGGACUUUUUGUUCUAAAAGAGAACAUUGCAAGAACAGGAUUUGUGUUGGACAAAGAAGAUAAGAGCAUCACAAGAUCAGAUUCAUAUUUUAAGGAGCUGUUCAAGCAAUGUGGACUACACAUCUACAAGAUGAAGGAUCAAAAGGAAUUUCCUGAUGAAUUAUUUGCUGUGAAGAUGUAUGCAUUGACGACUGAGAUGCCAGGGCAAGGUAAUAAACCUAGACCUAAACGGGCAACUAAUAGACCUGCCAUCAUCAGAUAAUGAAUCACAUUGGUCAGUAAAUGAAUGUGUGGUAACUUCGGAGAAAGUCAUUCAUAGGUUGUUUUUAUGCCACAUGUAUUCAAGUUGGUCAAUGUAUGCCUUGUUUAGGUUAUUGCUUUUGAAUUUCAGCUGUAUACACUGAUAGUGUAAGGGCGAUAAAUGUACUUUUAACUUAUUUUAGAUUAUUGCUUAUGGUGAAGUACUUGUGCAACUGAUUUUA